AUGGCACCCAUCAAUUUCGGCAUCAUUGGCACAAGCUGGAUCACAGACUCCUUCAUCGAAUGUGCUCAAGCUACAAAACAGUGGAACCUUGCUGCUGUAUACUCUCGCACAGAAGACUCAGCAAAGAAGUUCGCCGCAACAUAUGGAAGGCAGAAAGUAGAGCUCUACACCAAUCUGAACAAGCUCGUCAACGAUCCAAAUCUGUCUGCCAUCUACAUCGCCAGCCCUAACAUCCUGCACUACGAACAAGCGAAGCUUGCAUUGAACGCAGGCAAAAAUGUUAUUCUGGAGAAACCAUCUUGCAGUACAGUAACAGAACUUGAUGAUCUGUUCAAGAUUGCACGGGAGAAGGAUGUCUUUCUCAUCGAAGCAUUCCGCCACAUCCAAGAGGCCAAUUUCAAAACUCUGAAGAAAUCAAUAAAGAACCUUGGACCCAUCUACGGUGCCUCUAUCACAUUCGCCCAAUACUCCUCCCGUUACGAGAAAGUUCUGGCAGGCGAGACCCCUAACAUUUUCAAUCUUGAGAUGGGCGGCGGCGCGCUUGUCGAUCUCGGUGUCUACUGCGUAUCCGCAGCCAUCGACCUCUUCGGCGCACCAAAAAACGCAAAGUACUGGCCUAACAUCAUUGCUACAGGUGCAGAUGGUGGCGGCCGCCUAAUCCUUGACUAUGGCAAUUUCGUCGUUCACCUCUGCCACAGCAAGACAUACAACUCCGACGCUCCGAGCGAAAUCUACGGAGAGAAGGGAACACUAAUUGUUCCUACCAUCACAGAUAUCGAGACGGUUACCCUGUGGGACCCUAAAACUAAAAAGAGGGAGCAGCUUGCGGGGCCGGAGACAAGAGUCAAGCUUAACCUGCAGGAAGAGGCUGAGGAGUUUGCACGAGUCAUCAACAACAGAGACCGCAAGGCAGAGGAGCAUUAUGAGACGCUGUCGAGAGAUAUUUUGAGGGUUCUAGAAAAAGUCAGGAAGGACAAUGGGCUGCUUUACCCAGGUGAGAAGUGA